UCUUCAAGAAGAGAAAAAAGGGUGGAGAGGGGUGCAAAAGCAAAGGCAUUGGUCUCUUUCUCCAUAUAUUACACAGAUCCCUAUGGAAUGUAGGAGAGAAAUCCCAGCAUUGCUUACUACAACUCAUUCCUUUUGCUUAGUUUAAAGGAGCUCGUUUUGUUCUCUUUCCAAACCUCUUUCUUUUGAGAGAGAGAGAGAGAGAUUUUCAUGGCAUGGGUGCUGCAGCUACAAAACAAAAGAACCCAGAUUCAAAAAUGGAGGGAAAACAAGAGCUAUGGGAAUAUGAUUAGUAUUUGUGUUUUCCAAUGAUUGGGAUUCCUUGCAACAACAGAUCCUGGUAGGAAUCUAACUCUCUUUGGAGAGAGAGAGAGAAGAGAGAGAGAUGAAGGCCAUGAAUGAUAAUGAUAAUGAUAACAAUAACUGGUUGGGUUUCUCACUCUCUCCUCACAUGAACAUGGAUGCAUCUACGGACCCACAUCAGCAUCGUCAUCAUUACCACCAUCGUCAGCAACAUCAUCAUCAUUAUCAUCAAGCACAAGCUGCAGCUGCUGUUUCUCCUGCAGUUCCAAGCAGCUUCUUUCUAGCUCCUCCUCAGAUGGAAACACAAGGUGGGGCCCUUUACUCCCAGUUGUCUGUAAUGCCACUGAAAUCUGAUGGCUCCCUUUGUAUCAUGGAAGCUCUUACAAGAUCACAGCAAGGUGAAGGAGUGAUGCCAGCUUCCUCUCCCAAGCUUGAAGAUUUCCUGGGUGGUGCAACCAUGGGAGCCCACCAGUACGGAUCCAUUGACAGGGAAGCUAUGUCUCUAAGCUUGGACAGCAUGUAUUACCAGCACAACCCACAAGCUGAAAACAGUAGGCAGCAGCAUUCUCUAGGCCUUCUCCAGCCCUUCAGGCAGCUGAUUCAAGCCCAACAGCAGCAGCACCGCCACCAAUACUUCCAGCCACCACAGGAAGGGAUGUGCACAGGAUUAACAGCUCAUGAUAUGUACCAGACUGCCUUGGAAGUGGCGCCGAAGGAAGCCCAGGUCCCUCUAAUGGCAGAUGGAAUACCAGGCCUGAAGAACUGGGUGGCCAGGCAUUACAGUGCUGGCCAUGCAACGGGUGAGAAGAUGGGUGAGCGUUUGGAUGGUGAAGGAGGUGGACCAGGGUCUAUUGGUGGUGCAAUGGGGUAUGGUGAUUUGCAUUCCUUGAGCUUGUCUAUGAGCCCUGGUUCUCAAUCUAGCUGUGUUACAGCUGCUGCACAACAGCUAUCACAUGGUGGGGCUGAUUUUGGAGCCAUGGACACAAAGAAGAGAGGGGGUGGGAAGGUGGGCCAGAAGCAGCCAGUUCAUAGGAAGUCCAUUGAUACAUUUGGGCAGAGAACAUCACAGUAUAGAGGUGUUACAAGGCAUAGGUGGACUGGUAGAUAUGAAGCCCAUCUAUGGGACAACAGUUGCAAGAAGGAAGGCCAAACUAGAAAAGGAAGGCAAGUUUAUUUGGGGGGGUAUGAUAUUGAAGAGAAAGCUGCAAGAGCUUACGACUUAGCGGCGCUCAAGUAUUGGGGACCUUCAACUCAUAUCAACUUCCCGUUGGAUAACUACCACGGAGAACUCGAAGAAAUGAAGAACAUGAGUAGGCAGGAAUAUGUUGCCCAUUUGAGAAGAAAGAGUAGUGGAUUCUCUAGAGGCGCUUCAAUGUAUCGUGGCGUCACAAGGCAUCAUCAGCACGGGAGAUGGCAAGCACGGAUCGGUCGGGUCGCGGGAAACAAGGAUCUUUAUCUUGGGACCUUUAGCACCCAAGAGGAGGCAGCUGAAGCGUAUGACAUUGCUGCAAUAAAAUUCCGCGGGGUGAAUGCUGUUACGAAUUUCGACAUCUCUAGAUACGACGUCGAACGGAUCAUGGCAAGCAGUACUUUACUUGCAGGGGAAUUUGCAAAGAGAAACAAAGAGAUUGAAGCCCCUGACAAUUCAAUGGACCACAACUGCACAUCAGCCCAAAACAGCAGUGGAGACAUCGAGCUAACGCAAGGAAGCAAUGGUGGUUGCCCGGACUGGAAGAUGGUGCUCUACCAAUCCUCACAGCAACCACCUCAAGCCGCCGAUCAUCUAGAUCAGAAACCAACGGCCAUUGCAAAUUACCAAAAUCCAUCUUUCUCCUCCACUUUACAUGACCUCAUAGGGAUAGAUACAGUCAAUUCAGCAGAUGGGAUUGACGAAUCAGCAAAAAUAGGGGCGACCCACUUAUCGAAUUCAUCAUCAUUGGUGACCAGUCUGAACAGCUCUAGAGAAGGUAGCCCCGAUAAGGCGGGCCAUACGAUGCAGUUCGCAAGGCCGAUUGCCACCAAAUUCAACAGUCCUACUCCUAUGAGUUCUUGGAUUCCAUCAAACCAGCUUAGGCCUGCAAUGGCCAUGGCUCAUAUGCCAGUUUUUGCUGCUUGGAAUGAUGCUUAGCUUCCUGUUCUUGGUAGGAAGCUACAGAGAUUUGUAUGAACAAAAGAAACAAUGAAAAAGGAACGAAAUUGUAGUGGUGUGGAAAAAAGGUGGAAGUUUUGUUUUGUUUUUGUUUUUGUUUUAGGUGUUAGUGGGUGACAAAGGAGAUUAUCAAGGUCAAGGUAGGGGCCCAUGUCUGAUCUGUAACCAGAAAUUUGAAUUUUUGAAACUGAUCGUUUUGGCCA